AUGCCCGAGUCAUAUUCGUCAACAGAAGUCGUAUUAGCCUCGGAAGCCACGGAUUUUUACAAUCAGUCUCAACUGGACGCCUGUUGGACUCACAUGAGGAAACUUCAUUCGACGCGGUCUUCUGAUCCCAAGGUUUUGGCAAAUAAGGCCCUCAUCGAUUUACUCCAUCGGUCAAAUUCCACCCGUUCAGAUGAGUACCUCACACAACUGCAAAAGGCCGCUUCACUCGCCGGAUCGCCUCUUUUUAUUAAGAAUGAUUCUGACUCCCAUCCUGACACCUUACAACCCGCCUCUCCUUCAGCUAGUCCAGCUGUCCUCUCGAUACACUACAAUUACGCCCUCGUCAUGUUCCACCGUCGACAAUUUGUGCGAUCCGAACGACUACUAGCUGGCUUGCUCGGGGUAGAAGCGUUGGCUACAGCGCCAACUGCAGCCCAACUCCCCAUGUGCGCUGGGUCAUUACUCUGUCAAAGGUGCAUCCUACUUUGGCUAGACGUUUGCCUUUGCCUUAAUCGCCCACAGCGGGUCUACGAUUUCACCUCUCAUUGGCUGCAUCAACUGGAAUCGGUGAACGCAAGUGCGGGAACACCUGCGGACACACAAGUCACUGAGACGCUUACCGCAAUUGCCCAGCCACUGCGUGUCUUCCGACUUCGUGCCGCUUUGCUAACUGGGCGCUUAAAAUUUGCCGAAGAGGAGGUCGCUCAAUUGUCCAAGUCACUGAAGGAGUUUCCCGACAAAACAUGGGACACUUCCAGAAGUCUCGAGUACGCUCGUGCGCAACUUUUAUUUUUAAAGCGUGACCACAUGAAGGCGAUAAAGUGCCUCAACAGUCUUCAAAUCACAUCGUCAAAUCCCUAUUCAACUGAAACCGAGUGGGAGUGCCCAUUGGCGUGGAAUAACCUCUCAUUGUCGCACUUUUGCGCCGGUCAAUUAUCGCUCGCUACUUUGAAGAUGCGUCGUGCUCUUCGGCAAACCGAUCGCCUGACCUCCAACCUGAUUGACUGCUCGUCGGUCUCCACCAGCGAAGGUGGCGGUGGAAGUGGAGGCGGUGCCAAUGCCCAGGGCAGCCGUAGCGAAAGCCAUGUCACUCAGCUUAUACGACAGAUCCCUCUACAGCAGCUUGGAGUGAGUCAGCAUCAUGCGCUGCUUCACAACGCCGGCGUUCAGUUCCUAUUCACGCAGCGACCCGAAAGUGCAUUCAACGCUCUCCUCAGCGUCGUCAGAGUGUAUCCGCGCAAUCCGCGACUGUGGCUUCGCCUCGCCGAGUGUUGCGUCAGGGUGCAGAGACCGGAUACCUUGUCCGAUUGGAAAGUUGAAGCACGCGCGGGUUGUCUGAUCGGCACUCUGGGCGAGGGUUAUGCUAGGAAGCUCAUCAUUGGAGCCAAUCCUGACGAAUCAGAGAAGCCGUGGAUUGAGUCUGCCACAAUGCCGACGCCAACUCUGGAGUUCGCCGCUCUGUGCCUCCGCAACGCCCUCUUCCUCCUCCCCAGGCCUCCCACGGACCUUGGUGAUGCCAGUACAAGCUCUGAGGGCACUGCAGUUGAGCGCCAACGCAUCGCCCUCGCCGUGCCAGUUUUGCCGUCAUGCCAGCCCCUGAGCGGAAUGGCCUUGCUGCAGGUUACCUCAGCAACCCUCCUGACCAGCGCCUACGUGGCGCUCUGCCUGCAGAACCCUGUGGAAGCGAUGCACUAUGCACAGCAGGUUCUCUGCGUUGUCCCGCCAGGCGACGGCUCUACCGACAGCGGUGGUUCUACGACAACCUCGUCGUUCAGCGGCGCAUUUGGCUGGAUCGGGCUUCUGUCACCGCCUGCGCAUCGAUACCUCGCUAAAAUAUACCUCGCAGAGGCCCGUGUUGCUUUGGACCAGGUCCACGAGGCUUGUAUCACUCUGCUAGCCAAGGAUUACGUCGAACCCAGUGAGCCUCCUCUUCCCUCAUCAACCCAUCCAACAGCGUCGUACGCAGCGUUGCAACGCGACUGCGCCACACUUCUGCCAGACUUUCAGCUUCCACAAACUCAUCCGCUAUGUGGUGUGCCUGCGGAUUUUGCCACAAGCAGCACCAGAGCGUCCAGCAGCCACUUGGAAGGCAUCGCCAUGUUACGAGAAGAUCAGCAUGAAACGGAGCCCGGUCCUAGGCAGCUAAUGGCACCGAAAAACCCGGAUUUUCCUCUCACCAUGGAACAGCUGAGAUGUUUUGUCUUUCAGGCUGUCGGCGUUUUGCUCUACAACAUGGCAGUGUGUCUUGCUGUUCGCGGUGAUUAUUCGGGCUCUCGGCAGGUCCUCGAGAAUGCCGCGCCCGCUCUUUUCAUCAAUGAACUGGAUCCGUACGGCCCCCAAACUAUCCGCAUUGGAAGUGAGGAGCAUCAUCGGCUGCUUUACCCACCAGACGCCUCCAAUGGUGCCAUAUCGUGUGUACUGCCCAACCAUCAUUUCCCAUCACACUUUCUUCGACUGUGGCUCUACCUUGAACUCUGUGAGGAUAAAGUGUCUUCAGCGGUUCAAUUUGCGCGAGCAUAUCUAGGCCAUGUGGCGUUCGCCAAUCGAUUCACGGAUAUCGCUCCGAAGGAGGAAUGUGCCAAGGAACCCACACCUCCGGUUGUCUUUGAAAUUGGCGGCGGUGGUGGUGCCUCCCUUAAUAGUGAUCAAAUGCCUAAUUAUGCGGAUUUCAUCAGACAACAGUUUGGUGCACCACAAGGGCGUCGAAUGGCACCACUGAAGCCGUCGCAAUCUGCCCCACUGCAGAUCCAAGACCCACCAACGUCUACAGCAAAUGCGGCAGCGCCUUGCUGGACUGACGCUGACUGGCCUCCGUUGUAG